AUUAAAAACAAGCCACGCCCACCGUACCUGGAGCAGGAAGUAAAGGGAUCAAGUGGAUCGCGAUUGCUUAUCUUAAAAAUUUAGGAUUAAAACUCUUUAACCGUACUAAAACAGCCGAAAGGGAAGGGGAAUCUCUUUGACCAGUUGUAAAACCAUCAGAUAUUUAUGUCGGCCGUGGAUUAGAUGUUUUGGUCGCUGUCCAAGCAGCAGGUUUGUCUCAUUUAAGUGUGAGUUGAAGCUGUGACUCUGUGAUACUGCACACACAGUCAUGAUAUCAGCUCAGACACACCACUUGUCACACCUGCUCGUCACGGUCCUGCUGCUCAGUGGGUGGACAGCACGUGGGGCUCAGAACGCAUCAGAGGCGGAGGCGACGUCCUCUGCUCGGCUGGCCGGCGUCUCCUCCAGCAGACUCAUCGUGGUCAAGGAGGGAUCCAGCACUCUUAUCGAGUGUAACGUGACCGGGAGCCACCACGACAUCAAGUGGUACAACUCCAAAGGACCUCUGCUCGGCGGGAAGUGGCAGAUUCAACAAGAUGGUGUCCUAAACAUCACUGUGGUCUCCUUUGAGGACCGUGGACGCUACACCUGUGUUGCAUCCAGCAGCGCCGACGAGACCAAAAACUACACCAUCACUCUGCGUGUAGCCCACACCGACAGCGGCCUGGGCGUCUACUUCGUCAUCGUCUGCCUGGUGGCCUUCUCCAUCACUAUGAUCCUCAACGUGGCGCGGAUCUGCAUGGUCAGCAGCCACCUCAAGAAGACGGAGAGAGCCAUUAAUGAGUUCUUCCGCACAGAGGGUGCGGAGAAGCUGCAGAGAGCGUUCGAGGUCGCCAAGCGGAUCCCCAUUGUCACGUCAGCCAAGACGCUGGAGCUCGCCAAAGUCACGCAGUUCAAGACCAUGGAGUUCGCCCGUCACAUGGAAGAGCUGGCAAGGAGUGUUCCUCUGCCGCCUCUCAUCCUGAACUGCCGCACGUUUGGGGAGGGGCUCGCAGAAACGGCAAACCCGGGGUCUCAGCCUGAAGAGCAGGUCAGGACGUCGAUAUCUGGGACCAGACAAGCUAUUGGCCCACCCUCAUCUUACAGACACGGAAAGGAGGAGGGGGAGGAGGAGGAGGUGAGUCAGGCACUGCUGUCAAGUGAAAGACAAAGCAACGAUGAAGGUGUCAAAGUGUCAGUCUACGUGAUUUCUGAAACGCUCGCUAGGGAGGAUAAGGAGGCCGAGAUGUGUGACCGUGGGCUUGCACCAGGCACACGAACAAGUGUGUCCUAUGAGAGCAGCAUAUAGCCUGAGUUCUGGGUCAUCGUUUAGAGUUUAGCUAUUGUGGUUGUGCUCAUCGAUUCUUAUUGAACGCAGAUACCAAAUCUGUUUGACAAAGAAAAGAAACAAAAAAUAAUUUGAUUUCAAGGUGAAAAACAGUCCUGAAAUUCAGAGUACUGUGUAAUGGACAUCCUGGACAUAACGACACUGCAUUCUUUCACCUUCCUGUACCUCCUCUUCCUCCUUCCUGCAGUGCAGUGAAUACAUUUAAGUCUUUUGUUACAGUCUCACUGGUACCACAUUAAACCAGUUUUCUUAUUCAUACAAUCCUUUUCUGCCUCAAUCCGAUACUGAUCAACUAAUGGUGCUAGUAAGUCAGAGCAGAGCCAGCCAACAUCAUCUGUGCUCAGAAUCAUAUUUCCUCUUGUCCUUUACUUUGUUUUAUUUUAGUUUUCACGUUUGUGUGGUGGUUUAUUCUCAGCUUUCCAUUUUUUGGGAUUUGUCUGCACACAGCUCGUGUAGCAGCAGAUAUAAGAGCUCAUUUUCUUCCUUCAUGCUGCUGGAUAAGUUUCGUUCACUUUGACAGUCAGUCAGCUCCUGCAGAACAAAAAAGUUGUAAUGAAAUAUCCUUUUCUUCACUGCGUUGAUUGUUUUCAUGUCACUGCUGCCUGUCAAUCACUUGACACUCGAGCAAGAAGGGGGAAAUUAUGUUUCAGAAACCUGUCACUUCACAGACUUGACUGCCAUCUCCAUGUCUUUUUAUUUGUUAGUGAGGCGAGUAGCUGAUUACAGCGUCGGUGACUGCUUCAAUGAAAGAAGUAAAAAAUAAACACGAGCAAUGCAAAAUGUUUGAGGAAUAAUUGUACAGUAAAACACAGUCUUCUUUAAUCUUUCAGAGGCAGCAGAGAAACUGAAAUAUAAAUGUGAUUAUUUUUACAUCAGAGCUCAAAAAAAUGUCGGCUAUGAGGGAAAAUGUGUUGACAAAUAUGCUUCUUUUUCAAAUUUUGAAUCUUUCUCAGUGGUAUCAUGAGAUUUGGGAGUUAUAUUUAUAAAGUUACACUUAAUAAUUGAACAAGUUUGUGUGUUCUGUGUAGAGGUAUGUGCAUGUCUUCAUGUCCUGGGUAAAGUCUCAGCUCAAAGUGUGUCCAUCCCAACAGCUGCUUCCCUGCAAAGGGGUUUGAAAAAAUACAAAUGUGUUUCAGUUUAAAUGAAACAUGAAGUUGUUUAAAAUUUCUACAGGAUCUUUUUGAAAUUUGGUUCAAGCUUUUGAGGUAAAAGACAAAAGACCAAAACCACAUGAAAACUUAAGAACUCUCUGCUAAUGAGGAGAAGCAAAAACACUGAAAAACCCGGACAAACAGCUUCUUUACCGUGUAAACUGUGAAUCCGUUGUGGAACUUUGUCUGUAGGUGAACAAAUGUUUUUGUAGGGUUUUUUUAAUUGUAAUUCUAUUGUGUGAUAGGGAUUGGUGUUUAAUGGUGCUUAGAUAUUUAAAAUUGAAGAGUUUAUUUUCAGGGGAUGAAAGCAGAUGUUUAUUUUGUUUGUCUGACAUUUGGAACAUAAUAAUAAAAUAAAU